CGGGGGGUGGGCUCUGGCGGCCUGAGCAUGUGGCCUGGUGCUGUCCGUGUUUAAACAUUGACACUGAGGCAGGAGCAGCCCGUGCCCGAGGACACGGUUUGAAGAGCGGACUGUCGCUGCCGGAAUCUGGGACAGAGACCGAGACCGAGUGUCAGAGCCUCCCCGGCUCACACACACACAGCCCCGAGUGAGAGUGACUGCUCGGGCCGGGGCCGGCGUUGACAGGCGGCGAGGCCUCGCACCGUCGCCCGGGAAGUGGAGCAGCUGGUCCCCGUUGGGCAGGGAGCAGGGGGCAGUGAUCGCGGGGACGAUGAGGCUGUGGGCUCCGGGCCUGUGUUUACCGCCUCUCCUGAUCUUCCUGCUGCCGGUGUCGGCCCGCAGCGCCGAGUGGUACACGGCGUUCGUCAGCACCGCCUACCUGGACCCCAUCAGCAACAUGACCGUGUCCGGGAGCAGCGAGAGCGGCAGAUACGGUGAUAGUUCACCUAAAGAGAGUGUGCAGGGAGUAAUAGGGAUCCCUAGGUCCAACCGGGACCAAUUGGGAUGUGGCCCCAACACCGAAUACUUCAUACCUAGGUCAGGGGAACCAUGGAUCGCUCUGAUUGCUAGAGGCAAUUGUACUUUCAAGGAGAAAAUUUUGAAUGCUGCCAAAAAAUUGGCAUCUGCAGUUGUGAUUUACAACUUUCUUGGUACUGGGAAUGCAACAGUAACCAUGAAUCACAUUGGGACCGGAAAUACUGUUGCUAUCAUGAUUGGCAAUUCAAAGGGGAUGGAAAUUCUAGAGUUAGCUCGCCGAGGUAUCCCAGUGAUCAUGUCCAUAACUGUUGGUACCCGACAUGUGCAGGAGUGGAUGAGCUCUCAGUCAGUAGUAUUUGUAAUUAUUGCUUUCAUAACAAUGAUGAUCAUCUCCCUGGCGUGGCUCAUUUUUUAUUACAUCCAGAGAUUUCUAUAUGCAGGAUCACAGUUUUCAAGUCAGAACAAGAAAAACAAGAACAACAGGAGAGAAGCCAAGAAAGCUAUUAGUAAACUUCAGCUGCAUACUGUCAGGCAUGGAGAUAGGGAAGUAGAUUUGGAUAUUGAUGGCUGUGCUGUGUGUAUUGAAGUAUAUAGAUCCCGAGAUGUUGUGCGAAUUCUUCCUUGCAAGCAUGUAUUCCAUAGAAUAUGUAUCGAUCCAUGGCUUCUUGAGCAUCGAACCUGUCCAAUGUGUAAACUUGAUGUCAUUAAAGCACUUGGCUUUAUGGUAGAUACUCAUGAAAAUGUUGAAGUAGUUAUACCAGAAACUGUGCCUGACAGUAUCCCAGUUGGUAAUUCAAGUGGUGCUUUACAAGAAGGUGCAGGAGCUGAAACAAGUACCUUCCCAAACUCCUCAACCUUUGAGUCAUUACAGCAUGAUGACAGACUAAUGGAAGAGGAUGAAGCUGCAGCUUUAAUUGAAGCGAAUUUAGAAAUUCAGAGAAAUAGUGAUAGUUCGUCUUGUCCCAUUGGAUGUCCAGAUGCCAGAUGAAUAUUUUUGAUAAAAAUCCAUUUUUGAUUUAAAGCACAAGAGGGGCCAUUUGUGGAUUCUUCUGGAAAAACAAUAGUUCAAAAUAUCAAGUGCAGCAAAAUAUCAAAUCAUGCAUUUUUAAUUCAUCUCAUCACAGUUCUAACUGAAUAAAAUAACUUUGGUUGAAAUUAAAAGUAACAGAUACUGAUUUCUAGAGGAUACGUUGAUUUGAGAACACAUGGGACUCCUACUUAGUCACAGCAAAAUUCUUGUUCUUCCACUCUUUACAAAACGUACUUUGAACUUUUAUGUUUACUGAAACUGGAAUUUGUAACUUUUGAUCAUUGUUUAGUUACAAGUGCAUUGAUUUUGGUUUCAUCUUAUUCUUUGUACUUUGCAGCCUAUACAAUAUGUUUGCAAAUAUCAUUAUUUUCAUUGAAAAAAAUAGUUAAGGAUUCAGAUGUUUAGAGAGCUAGUUACUUGUACUAGACCUAGUUGUCCAGUAUUGACAAUUUUAAUGAAACUGGUAAUCUGUAAAUGUUAUAUAGAAGCAGUAAUGUAUAGUUCUAGUUUGGUCCUCUAUCUUUUUAGUAGUGUUUUCAUGCUAAGUAGGUUUGUCUAUAAGUCAUCAUUCCUUUAAGGAUAUUGUGUAGUAACUUGAUUUUUGCAACUGUUUUGAUAAAUCUAUAAUAACAAAAUUAAUUCUCUAUUAAAGUGCACUAAAAAUAUUGAAGAAUAAUAAAACUGUUGAACUUCUGAUUACCACUGCUGUCGUAAAAUAUUCAUCAUAUAAUUAAAUCAGAAUAUGUUUGAGGCCCAGUUUGUGAUCUUGAAUUAUCCAAACUGCAGUAAUGUACUGAAACUGGUGUUACAAAUUAUUUAGUCAAGAUUUCAUGAAAAAGAAUCAUUCGAAUAAGCUUAAGAAUCUUUGUGUAACUAUGAAGCAGUGAUGCAGCUUUCAGUUAAAGCUAAUUCCAGUAGAUGUUGCUGCAUGACUGUGUCACCACAUUAUACAAAAUGACAGGUCAUAAAAGUAGCAAUGUUUUUAAUUCAGGCCAAAGAGGAAAUGUUUGCACUGUAUUUCAUUGAGUGUGGUGGAAGAAAAGCAAUAAAGCAUCGAGCCUUAUGCCAACAGAGUAAAAUUUAUACACCUUUAAUAUUUAUCAUGUUCAAUCAUUUAAUGAUGCAAUGAAAGAAAAUUAACUUUUAAAAAAAAAACUUCAGGAACUCUCCUGAAAUCAUUCUAAGUAAUUUCAAAAUUAGUGUGUUAAAACAGUUAUUCAAUAUGAACUACAUAUAAUUACAUUAAUGUUGCAAAAUUAUAGAAUUGUAAGGAAAUUCCAAUCUGAAGACCAAGUUAUAAAUCAUUAGCUAGCACUUUACUUUUUAAAUUGAGGCUCAGAUCAAGUCAAUGAAAUGCCAGGAGUUGAAAAGAUAUUAGGGCUUUUCUAAUUGACAAAUGAAAUGACAUCAAUAUGUUAUGAUGGUAAUAUACUGUCAGGAAGUUUUAGCAAGAGUCUACACAUCUGCAACUUCUUUAUUGGAAUUUGCUUCAGUCUGUUGUUUUACUUGUGACUAGUCAAAAGCACCGCUUAAACGUGUCUGUAAAAGCUCUAGGAUCAAUUUAUUAUGAUUUUUGCAAAUAAGCAUUGGUAAAUACAAGAAUUUUUAAGCACGGGUCUCUUAAAUUUGUACAUAUGCAAUAAGUUGUACAUUAUACUAGAUUUGCACUUAUCAGUUAGUGUCUGUUGAAAACAAAAACAAAUUGUUCAGCAGUAUAGAUUUGAAUUGAUCAUGGACAAGUGCAAGUUCUAACCUCCUGUCCAUACCUUUUUACUACUGCAAUAUUGCUAUUAAUUUUCUGAUUUUACCUUUCCUUCAUAAGAUAUGAUGUCCUCUUACUUUCCCCAGUUUCACUGUGUGUAGUCUUGAAGUAUGUGUCUCUGCUAGAAUUCUGUCAUCAUAAUUAAGUCUAUCCUUUCCUAAUGUAAGUAUUUCAUUAAAAAUCUCUUUCUCAACCCUGAAUGUUCAUUUGUAAUUGUACUUCUGGGAAAUGUGGAUGACUGUUGCAGCAUCAGGAUUGGUUAUAUACUGUGUUCCAUUUUGGAUCUUUAGUGUUUCAUGUGGACACUACUGCUCAUUCUCUGUUUCUGCACUGAUCAGCCCUGUCUUUUUCACCCAUUUACUUCAAUGAGAGUCACAAACUAGUAAAGUUUGGAAGGUGAAAAAUAUGAUUUUAAAUCCUAGAGCUUUAUUCAAGGAUGUGUGGGGAGUACAUCUUGUUUCUUGCCUGUCCUUUCUCAACACCACAGAAAAAGGACAGAGCAAUAGGUAGUUUGUUUUAAUUGUUUGUAACAUGUUGCUUUGCAAGGAAUGCAUUGUUCAGCUUUGAAAUAAAAAUACAAGUACAAAAAUGCUACUUGUAACAACAUUAAAUUAAACUUUACU